GGGAAAGUACAAUGUUAUUCAGUCUGUAGUCUUUUACUUUUAAUUUGGAAGACGUACUAGAUCUGUUGUUUUAAUAUAUUUUUAUUUGCUGCAAACUAAUCAUCAUAUCAUAAAACUACUUUAAAUCUGAUAGUUGUGGAUUUUCUUUUCUAAUUGUAGCUGACUGAUGUAAUCUGUAGCAAAAUUUAGAAGAAAAAAAAAAGCACAAAAAAGGGGAAGAAGUCGUAAGAACCAUGAAGAUUCUUGUUGUUAUGUUGUUUUGCUUUUGUUUGCUUUGUCCGGGUGACAUGAAAGAAUGGCCGACACAUGAAAUCUGCAAGAAAAGGGAUUUUGAGGCAUAUUACAAAAGUUGUGAUCCUGUUCAAGAUAUUGGAGUUUCCAUUGAGCCGUGUUCCAGGACAGCGUUUAAUCACUUCCAUUUAAAAAUUGGAGUUUUAUUAAGGCAAGAUAUCAAUGAGCUGUACAGUAAUAUCAAUGUCUACGUGAACGGUUACUAUGUACUUAAUAUUAGAAAACCACUUUGUGAGAAGACAACGCAAAUUGUUAGCAUUUGUGGAAAACAGAAAGGAGAAUUUAUUAUCUACGAUGGAAACGUUAACAUUGGAAGUAGUGCAUUUCCGGAAGGUGAUUACGUCUUAAACAUGAACCUGGUCAAUGAAAACAAUUUUCUAAUUGGCUGUGCAAAUCUGACUGUGAAUAUUCAUUAAAAAAUAAUAUACUGUAUAUGCUCCUUAAUUUGCAUUGUAAGUCAAUCUAUGAAAAUAGGUUAUUUGAAGUAAAACAAUAUAGAAUCACCACUGAAAAGCUUAAUUUGUUAUAUUUUCAACAUGAGACAUCUGGACCAUCAUAAUCUCUAAUUAAAAAUGUUAUUUUUUCUUUCUCUAUUAAAAAAAUGUAUACAUAUUUAGGGGUUUAUAUAAAAUUCCUUGCUUAGUUUCAAGACACAAAUCAAGGUUCACUUCCUCUAUGACCUGUUAGUAAUAACAACCAGUUGCAUUAGAGCAUAAAAACAUGUACAGUAUAUGUUUACAAAUCAAACUCUUAUUAUAUAAUGCAAAUAACUAAUAGCGUUCACCUUGUCCAAGUUGUUGAAAGGAAUGCUAAUUAUUUGUACAUACCUGUGUAACCAACCUCAAUAUUAUGAAGCACAGCUGAUGGUGCUAAAGUUAUACUUCUUCAACUGUUAAUGGGACACUCAAGUCAAAAUUAGACGUCCAUAAUUCAGAUAGAGCAUGCAAUUUUAAACAACUUUCCAAUAUACUUCCAUUAACAAAAUAUGCACAGUCUUUUUAUAUUUAUACUUUUUGAGUCACCAGGUCCUCCUGAGCAUGUGCAAGAAUUCACAGAAUAUACGCAUAUGCAUUUGUGAUUGGCUGAUGGCUGUCACAUGAUACAGGGAGAGUGGAAAUAGACAUAACUUUGGAAUUUGUCAGAAGAAAAUCUACUGCUCAGACAUAGGGGCCGAAUGCCCCUGUGUCCACGCUAUCCUUCAGGCUUGCCGGUAACAGCAGUUAUAAAGCAGCGCUCUAAAGACUGCUGCUCCAUAACUUUUCCGCCGGUUCUGAGGCUGCCAACAUCAAUCCGCCUGAUACUAUACGAUCGGUUGAUUGACAACCCCUGCUAGUGGCCGAUUGGCCGCGAAUCUGCAGGGGGCGGCAUUGCAUAAGCAGUUCACAAGAACUGCUUGUGCAAUGAUAAAUGCUGAUAGCAUAUGCUGUCGGCAUUUAUCGAUGUGUGGCGGACAUGAUACGCUGCAACGUAUCAUGUCCGCUCGCACUUUCAUAAAUUGGCCCCUAAGUGCUAUUGCAUUGUUUUUUUAUCAUGCAUUUGUUAAUUAUGCAAAUCUACUGUAUUUAUUGGUCCUUAAUGGAGAGUGGCUGAGACAGAACAGCUAGUUUCAAUUUAAAGGAACAGUAAAGUAAAAAAAAAAAAUGUAAAUGGAUUGGAGAGAGCAUGACAUUUUAAAAAACUUUCCAAUUUAAUUCUGUUAUCACUUUUGAUUAGUUGUCUUAUCCUAGAUGAGCUCAGGAAUGUGCAUUGGUAUUUUGCCAUCUGGCAGCAAUGUUUGCAACAAUGUUUAUAGAAAGAGAACAAAAAGCAAAUUUGAUUAUAGAAGUAAAUUUGAAAGCUGUAUGUGAGCCAUAAACAUUUCAUUUUACUAUACUGUCCCUUUAACCCCUUAAGGACCAGGAAUUUCAGAGAAAAACUUGCCCAAAAGACGGGAUAAUUUCUUGCAUUUUUGCUAUCGCUUCAUUUAAACAAAAAUAGAGUCAGUUUUUUUUUUGUUUUUUUUUUUAAUUUACCUAUCAAAACUAUAUACAUACCUGCGCGAAACGCGUCAGAUGUUAAGUCUUUGUUUUCACCUAUGUACCAGCACCUUUGCUAAAUAAAUUCACCUUCAUUCAACUUUUGGGCGAUGCAUCAGCCUCCUUUUGUUCUCCUUUGGGGAUCUUUCAUUGAGAUAUAUAUAUAUAUAUAAAUAUAUAUAUAUAUAUAUAUAUAUAUAUUUAUAUUAUUUUUAAGUGGACAACCCAAGGUACUGAUCUAGGCCCAGUUUUGGUAUAUUUUAUGCCACUGUUUCACCGGGUCCAAAUGAGAUCAUAUUAAAAAGAAAAAGUUACCUUUUCACAAACUGUGGGUUUCUCACUAAAAUUAUUUACAUACCGCUUGUGCAGUCAUAACACAAAUGGUUGUAAAAGCUUUUCUGGGAUCCCAUUUAAAAUGUGCCAAAUUAUUUAAAGGGACAGUCCACACCAAAAUUGUUAUUGUUUAAAAAAAAAUAAUACUACCCAUUCCCCAGCUUUGCACAACCAACAUUGUUAGAUUAAUAUACUUUAUAACAUUUAAACCUCUAAAUGUCUGCUUGUUUCUAAGCCACUACAGUUAGCCUUAUAAAAGCUUUUGUAUUUGCUUUUCACAACAGGAGACUGCUAGUUCAUGUGGGCCAUAUAGAUAACAUUGAAUGAAAAUCAAUAGAUAAUAAAUAAGAUGCCAUGUGAUCACGGGGCUGUCAGAAGAUGCUUAGAUACAAGGUAAUCACAGAGGUAAAAAGUAUAUUAAUAUAACUGUGUUGGUUAUGCAAAACUUGGGAAUGGGUAAUAAAGCGAUUAUCUAUCUUUCAAACAAUAAAAACUUUGAAGUUGACUGUCCCUUUAAGGGUGCCUCAAAGUACUGACGAGACAUCUUAGAGCUUUAGAUCAUCAGGCUCAUAAUCAUAUAACAUUAGCUUGAUUUAAAGAUGUUGACUGUGUAUAUGUUUUACUUGUACAGGCAGUCCCCGGGUUACGUACAAGAUAGGGACUUUAGGUUUGUUCUUAAGUUGAAUUUGUAUGUAGGUUGGAGCAGGCACUUUUUUUAGGUGAAACUGUAGCCAAACAUUUGUUUUGUUUUGGAUAGCAUAGGAUAAAGUUUGUUUUGCUAUCUGUGCCCCUGUUCAGAAAAUUUCACAUCACUUUCUGUCCUUGUGACAAUUGGAUUUUCAGUAUUUUGGAUUAUCCUGGAAAGAAGGAUUGGCAAUAAAGCUCUAUUUUCUCUAUAUGUAAGUACGAGUUGUACUUAAGUCGGAUGUCUGUAACCCGAGGACUGCCUGUAUACUUGUAUUUGUUUUAUUGUAGGAUAUUUGUUUUUUAUUGGAUUCCAAUUAUUGUUUAAAAUGAUCAGUUUUAAUGAUUUAUAGCUGAUGUUUUGUGUAUUAUCUUUGUAAUAAAAUAAACUAAAGAUAA